GGCACUUAGUUUGGCGCUAUUCUGGGCGGGUCGCCGCACGACUCGAGCCGUCUUAACGGCAGAGUGCCCAGAGAUUUCUCGAAUAUGGAAAGAUAUUACUACUUCCGGUGGGCCAUAUUGAGGGGAUAAGAUCGGCGGCCUUACUUUCAGCCUGGUAAAUAGCUCUGCACGGUCGUGGGAUCUUUUAAAGACUGACCGGCUCCCGGAUUGCGUGCUACUCCUCUUCUGUUUCUUACUUUCAUAUCAUAGAUACGAGAUACGAAAAUACAUUCAGUUCGAACAUAUCUCAAAAGGAACAAUGCAGCUCACAACAACCUUGGGACUCGCGGUCCCCUUGCUGGCGCAGUUAGCGUCGGCGCAGGCGUCCGGGUCGGGACAGACGACACGAUACUGGGACUGCUGCAAGCCGAGCUGCGCAUGGGCAGCGAAGACCGACAGCGGAAAAAUGAUCGGCACCUGUAGCAAGGCGGACCAGCCGCUCGGCGACAACGGAGCGACCAAGAGCGCGUGCGACAGCGGCGGCUCGGCAUACAUGUGCAGCAACCAGAGCCCGUGGGCCGUCGACGAUACUCUCAGUUACGGAUGGGCUGCCGUGAGAAUCCAGGGACAGACCGAGACUACCUGGUGCUGCGCUUGCUACGAAUUGACCUUUACCAGCGGUCCGGUUAGCGGCAAGAAGAUGAUCGUCCAGGCUAGCAACACGGGAGGUGACUUGGGCGAGAACCACUUUGAUCUUGCAAUCCCCGGCGGUGGUGUCGGAAUCUUCAACGCCUGCACGGACCAGUACGGCGCUCCGGCCAACGGGUGGGGCGAGCGGUACGGCGGCGUGAGCUCGCGCGAGGCCUGCGACGGGUUCCCCGAGGCGCUGAAGGCGGGUUGCUACUGGCGCUUCGACUGGUUCGGCGGCGCGGACAACCCGUCCGUCAGCUUCAAGCAGGUUACGUGCCCUUCGGCCCUCACCGAGAAGAGCGGCUGCUCCCGCAACAGCUAGAUGCAAAGGUUAAGAAAUGGGUUACCUAGUAUAUGGUGGUACUUAGGGGUUCGAGGGAAAGAAUGAUGAGGGGGUAUGGCUUGGGUGGAUGUAUAUAGGUUGGGAGAUGUGGUGGGAAGGAUAUAGAAAUUUCACGUAUAUUAAAA